GGAGGAGCGGCGCAGAGUAUCAAGGAGCUACGCGGAGAAAAGUUCUUCCACUGCAGAAGUGCACUGAAAGGAAGAAGGAAGAAGCAGCAGAGAGAGAUGGCAGCCCAGACUGAGCAGCCUCACUUGCACCUUGCAGAGCUCACCGCAGCCCAGUUCAUCGACAUCUGGAAACAUUUUGAUGCUGACGGAAAUGGAUACAUUGAAGGGAAAGAGCUGGAAAACUUCAUCAGAGAGCUGGAGACUGCCAGACGAGGAGCAGGCGUGGAUACAUCACAUGCAACAUUCAAGGAAAAGAUGCGGGAGUUCAUGGCCAGUUUCGACAAGAAUUCCGAUGGGAGGAUUGAGAUGGCAGAGUUGGCUCAGCUUCUGCCAACAGAAGAAAACUUCCUGCUGUGUUUCAGAGAGUUUGUGGGAUCCAGUGCUGAAUUUAUGGCAGCCUGGCGGAGGUAUGACACUGACCGCAGUGGAUAUAUCGAGUCAAAUGAACUGAAGGGUUUUCUGACAGACCUGCUGAAGAAAGCUAACAGAAGCUAUGAUGACAAGAAGCUCCAUGAGUACACACACACUAUUCUAACGAUGUUUGAUCUGAAUGGCGAUGGGAAGCUGGGUCUUUCUGAGAUGGCAAGGCUCUUGCCCGUGCAGGAGAACUUCUUGCUGAAGUUUCAGGGCAUCAGGCUCACCGUCAAGGAAUUUGACUCCCUCUUCACACUCUAUGAUAAGGACGGUAACGGCUACAUAGACGAGCAGGAGUUGGAUGCUUUGCUGAAGGACCUCUGUGACAAGAACAAAAUGGAUGUGGAAGUAACAGGACUGUCAGGCUACAAGAAGAGCAUCAUGGCUCUGUCAGAUGGAGGGAAACUAUUUCGCGCCGAACUGGAGAUCGUCCUGUGUAUGGACUCCACGCUGUGAGACGCCUGCCCCCCAUUGCCUCCUUCCUACCUGUGCAUGUGUGACCUUUAACCCCGCUUACACUGCUAGAGAGAAAACAAAAAGUGCUCCUAAAAGCACACAGUGAAUUGCUGGUCCUGAUGUUUAAGCUUCUUUUUUACAUAGUGAAAUAGCCCUAGCAAUAUUGUGUACUUCUUUAUUUUUGAAUACCCAUUUUAAUAUGUAUAUGCAGUUUUACAUUAAUCCAUCUAUGUCUCCGACCCCACUAAACACUUCUGUUCAUGUGUUCUAUUUAUUUUACUUCAAUUCAAUGCCGUCUUGUUUAUUUCGUGAGGCUUGUACUGUUCAAUUAAAUAUAUUACAGAGAGAAUGAAUAAAUAUAACAACAGUCUCCUGCUCCAAAUUCUCCUCAAGCGCCAUGCAGGAGGAUUAUUUCACCUUGUAACAAUGCAAUGUGCAAGGAAAUCAUUUCAUCCCAGAGGAAUGGAGCGCAGAUUAAAGUUCCAGCGCAGGAAGAUAAGCACGGCGGCAGGAGGAGUGAUACAACUUCACUGUCCAAUCUCCGGCUAACAGAAAGCGGGACGCAGCCGAGUUGGAGCUCCUCCAUUUUUCAUGCAGCAAAAGCUUUUGUGACACUUUUAGAUAAAAGUGAGCCGAGUGGGCAAAAACCGUGUGAGCACGGGGUGGGAUUGUUUCAUUCCUGCUGCAUGAAUACCAACAAUGCGGCAAAACAUGAGUAGACAACUUGGCAUGCAUUCCUUUAUACAUGUGUGUACCUCAAUCACACCAAUUGUCACUGUGUCAUAUAGAAAACUAUCUUAUACACACAGUAUACUUGAAUUAGGUUUUGGAAUAUAAAUCUAUUAGUAUCAUUUGCAACACACUUUCAGUUAUUACCUUUCUUGACUGCUAUAUAGAAAGAACCC